UGACCUGCCCGUGGCCAUGCACAUGCUCGGCAGCAUGCUAUGAUUGGUAUCCAAAGGAGCGGCCGCCUCUUCGAGUUCCACUACUGUGCUGCUAGCAAUGAUCUCAUCAGGAUCCGCCAUGAUAACAUCUUCGGUCUUGGCAUUGUCCUGUGCUGAAACUGUGUUGCUCAUAUCUGGCCUGGCAACCGCCGAAAAAUCGUUUCCGGGGGCCUCAGCCGACUGCUCUGCAUGUUCCAAGUACUGGGUCAUCCAGAGCUUCUUGAGAGGCAGCAUCGGCAUGUUGGUGGACGACUUCCUCGACGUUAGUGGCGCCCCCGAUACCGAGCGCGACUUCUUGCUGCUGCUACUACCAUCAGUGCCCACUGCGAAUCCGGCGCUCCCCAUUGCAGCGUCUUUCCCCACAGCCUUGGAUUCAUGCUGUGCACUGGGUUUGCGCUUGCGAGACUGAGAGCGCGAGCGUGAGCGCGAGUCCCGCCCACGCCGUGGCUGCUGCUGCUGCUGGUGACGCUGUGGCUGCUCGACUGCCGCCGGUUCAUAGGAACAGUACCUGCUGCCGACCCGUUGGCGUCGUUGCCACCGCAGUUAGCUUCGUCAUCCAUAACCUCGUCUUC